UCAUGCGUUAUUACGCUUGAAGUAUUUUACUUCGAAAAUGAAAAUUUAAGUUUUUGAUACUCCCGCCACACCCGGUAAAAUUUUAACCUCAAAAUACAACUCGAUAUGGUAUUUUGACGCAGAACAUCCGUAUCGUCCUGAAGUGACAGCAGUUUUUAUAUCUAUUUCUAUUUUUUGGUUUCUACGAAUAAUUUCUUAUUUGUGUUAUUAAUGAGAGUCGUGUAUAUACUGUGAUAGAGAACAAUAAAAAAUAAUACUUCAAAAAUGGAUACGAACAUUAUGAAUUCUAAUACUUGGAAAAUAAAAAUAUUUCAAAGCAAACAAGAAAAAUGAACACAAAACAAAAAAUUUUCGGCAUAAUAAGAAAUCAUGAUGUCGAGUUAAGCAAAGUAAACGAUAUUAUUAUUCUUGAUGAAUAAUUUAAAACCUAUAUCACUAAAAUUAGAAUUUGGUUUGAAAUUUAUCAAUGCAGAAUAUGUUAACAUAAAGUGGAAGUGUUAAAUAGAUCCUGGGAAAGGAUGUUUCAUAAAUAAAUAAAAAUGCAUUGAAAUUUCUACAAGUGGAUGUCAUUGGCAAUAUAAUAUCAGAAUUGCCGUCAUGACAAGUGCCGAACACUUCAUUAGCCUGAUUACUGUAGCAAGUGCAAAAAAAUUAGCUACGCUGCUGGUGGUCUGCUUCAUUUUUUACCACGGCAUAAUCCACCUAAUCUAUGGCAGUGAUUCUUGUAAAUGGUUAUUACAAGAAGGUCGGUACAAAGGAGACAAAGAAUGGCAGCCCUCUGGCUGCAUGAUGCAUCAUUACACCCAAACGGACAGCCGAAGAUGCCUGCGAUAUUUGGCUUUUAUGGGCCACAGGAAUCAUUUUAUUUUCAGCGGAGAUGCAAGAAUUCGGCAACUCUACAAAUCCUUCGUUUCUCAGUUUGUGGUGGAUGGAAAGCCGUCCGAUUUCGCUGAUUUACCAACCCGUUCAGAUCUCAAUUUCAAGGAUGCACAGCUCAGACUCCAUGUGCAAUUUCUUUGGAGACCCAGACUAGACGAUUCGUUGAUUGAGGAUUUUCGUGGUUGGAUGCAGACAGGAAAAGCACCGAGCAUGGUUGUCGCUGGCUGUGCAGCAGAGGACAUUCAAGCCAACAAUGCAAGUGAUUCUCAAUUGUAUGCCGAAUAUAGUACGGGCCUUGUACGACUGGUCCAACCAGCGGAUGAAAUUGCGAGGAAGGGCGGCCGAUUUUUGUGGAUGAUGCAAGAUCCCAUAGUCAAGGAAAUAUUACCAGCUCAUCUUUUAGGCAUAGACAAUAGACAAAUCAAUGUGUGCAACAAAGCUGCGAAAGAGAUUCUAUCGCAUAGCGGAGCUCAGCUCUGGGAGAGCAGUCGUUUAAUAGGAAGUGGAGUUCUGGAACAAAGUCCUGAUGGAUACCUCGCUAGUCCUCUGUCACUGCGUCACAAAGUUCAAAUAUUGUUGAACACCCAUUGCAACGAUCAUAUGAACUUCGACGACGGCAGUUGUUGCAGUUAUCCAGAAACUGCAACAACGCUACAACUCGUGACUUUAUCAGCCUUAGCGAUCUGCAUAACGAUGGGCGUGAGUAUGUGGUUGUAUAGAAAGCCAUGCCAACAACGACCAGAAGUAGCUUAUUCGCGAAUGGCAACCGACGACAUCGAAGAAGCUGAAGAAUCAAGUGUAAACGAGCUUUCAAAAACGGAGCUCGCUCCUACUCAAGAUUUUUAUACGUUGAUGACUUCACUGGCGCUUUUGUCGACGAUACUCGCAUAUUUUUACCUGUGCGAUCGCACGAAUUUCUUCAUGAAAGAAAACAAGUAUUACAGUGAAUUCAGCUUUUGGUUGCCUCUCGGUUAUAUUCUUGCACUUGGGCUUUUUUUCACGGAGGAUUGCGAACGUGGACCACGAGCACUGAAUCGUGAACAAACCGACGAAUGGCGUGGACUUAUGCAAGCCGUUGUACUUAUUUAUCACGUUACCGGAGCCAGUAACGUAUUACCAAUUUAUAUGCAUCUCCGGCUCAUCAACUCGGCUUAUUUAUUCUUAUCCGGAUACGGACACUUCUGCUAUUUUUGGCAGACCGGUGAUGUCUCACUCGUACGAUUUGCGAGGGUUCUUUUCAGAUUGAAUCUGCUCACAGUAACGCUGUGUCUUUGUAUGAACAGACCAUAUCAAUUUUAUCACUUUGUUCCGCUUGUUUCGUUCUGGUUUCUCGUCGUUUACAUACUGGCUUGGUUACCGCCACGAGUACAUUCCGGAAGUCUCGCAGAACACGGUCCACGAGCUUUACUUUAUUUGGCAUUGAAGCUUUUGGGGCUUGUAUCUGUGAUAACGGUUUUAUACAUGUCCGAGGUCUUCUUUGAAAAAGUGUUUGUAACGAGACCGUGGAAAGCUUUGUUCGUAACAGUGGACGACGACAUACGCGAAUGGUGGUCACGCUGGCGGGUCGAUCGGUACAGUGUUGCGUUUGGCGUUGCGUUCGGCGCUGCUCUCCUGGCACUUCAGAGAAUCGAUCAUGUUCCCGGCACCGCUCUCCCGCCGUUUCUGGCUCUCGUUUCGCUCGCGGCUUACACCACUUUUACGAUACUAUGCUUUUCUGUUUCUGAAUGCGAGGAAAUUCACUCUUACGUCGUUUUCAUACCGAUCGUUGGAUACAUCGUGCUCAGAAACUCUUCUCUAGCACUUCGUGGUAAACACUCCGUCCUCUUGGCGGGACUUGGAAGAAUAAGUCUCGAAACCCUCGUCAGCCAAGGACACGUAUGGCUCGCUGCCGAUUCUCACGGUGUCUUAGUUCUACUGCCUCGUUUUCCUGUCCUGAAUCUCCUCGUUACGUCGUUCAUAUUCAUAUGCGCCAGUCACGAGAUUCAUAGGCUGACGCUUAUAUUAGCACCGUAUGCGGUUCCAAACGAUUGGCGAUUAGUGGCACGAAAUUUACUGCUUUUCAUCGCCGUCCUUGUACCCAUUGGGAUUCACGAUGGCAUGUUCUGAUCUGAUCGACUAUAUUCGAAACGUUUCCACAUGUAGAUGCAAUCACAAAUGGAAUCUUGAGGCGCAAAUCAAUCGAAAACAAUUCGGAAAUAUUGAUUUAUUUAUUUAUUAUAUACGAAGAGCGAAUGAUAUUAGGUAAAAGUUGGGUGGGUGAUAAUAUUUAUCGAAUUUCAACGCGGAAUCGCCAUUUGGCAGUUGAAAAUCUGACUCUAGAUUCGAAAGAAAUGAAAUUCACUGGGCUUUUAUACACGACAUCUUUUUUGACAUCCAUUUUCUAUGAGCUGGCACCCUCAUGGGUUUACUAAAGAAAAUUACAAAUGAUAUUACUUAGGAAUUAGCAUCUGUAGGGAACAAAUAUUCUAUUGUCGCUACUUUGAGGAAUUCAAGCGACUGCAACGAGUCAAACGUUUUUUUUAAUCCUCAUUAGAUACUCUCGCCGCAUGAAGAGAAUUUAGGAUCAUAUGGACAAUUGAAAAUUGUGGAAAAAUACAAGUUUUUACGUUGCACUCUAAAAAUGUGAGUUUCGGAGUAUCGAAGCUACAAAAAACGACGCGUUGGCUAUGGUCUUUAGGCACAAAAAGUAAUGGACCCAGUACAGAUAUUAUUAUAACUUUUCCACACUUUAUUGACGACAAAAAAUUAAGAUCGAUUUUCGUCUAUAAUCCUGUUUCCCAAAACGACGUUAGCCUCUCCACUGGUAGGGUUUUUAAUCACACAAAACUGAAUAGCAACGAUAUUCCUGAGUUUUUGUACAAAGCUGAUCGAAAUACGGACAAAGAUUUUAUUUUUUAAAUGGAGACAGGAAAUGUGGCAUGGUUAUUGCUAGAGUUGAUUGAAUAAUGAAUAUUGAUAUGAGAUUGUUUUUCUAUCCAUUUUUUUCGUUCAUUAUUUUCAAGUUUAAGGCGAUACAAAUUAUUGAAAUAAGCAUUUUUUUUCUGUAUUCGUGGUACAGCAAAUCAGUUUCAAUCACGUGAGUCAGUUAAACUAUCAAAAACGUCCAUCUCGCACUCCAAUCAAAUUAUAUAUCAGUGAAAGGAUUAAAAAUAAUAAAUUGUGCAAAUUAUUUUUUUGAAAUCUUGUACAUUCAUUUAGGAGGAGAUACGAAUUUUUCUUUAUAGAAAAUUAUUAUGAAAAAAUUCAGGCAAGUUCUCUCAAGAAUGUGCUUUUUGGCGACUACGGUAUUUCAACUAGCGGCUGGUCUAUUUAGUUGAAAUUCAAUACAAAUCUUCGGAAUAUCGUUUUCCAACUACGGUGCUACCAUUAGGUCGAAACUAUCAUUUUUUUUUUAGAUCGAUGGAAAACAUAAAAAAAAUCAAUAAUCAGAGUUGAUCUUGUGAUUUCUUGUGGAAAAACCUGUUAUCUGAUUAGUGGUGGUGCCAUUGCUCGCAUUGAUAUGGUUUAAGAAUAUUUUCGAUUUUUAUAUUUUCACAGCACAAAAUGUUCGGCACAUUGGUUGCUAGUGAGAAGUUUUUAUCACACGCCGUUUAAUUUUUCAAGCACAAUUUUGCUGGAAAAAUGGUACCUGCUGAGGAAUGCGUAAUCUCGUGAAUCAAAUUCCAAAGAAAAAAUAAACUGAUUUAGAAUUAUUCUAUAUUAAGUACACAAAUUUAAAUUAAAUUUCUUCUUUCGACAUGGUUAACGAUUCAAAUAGGUGUAAAAAGUUGGUGGAGUGACUUGGAAUGUGGUUGGGCAGCAAAAUAGAGCAUUUUUUUCUUAUUCUUUUAUUAAUAAUUUACUCAGGUGCAAAGUGAUACGUUCUUAUGUACAAAAAUAUUGAAAAUAAACUAAUAUUCGUAGAAUCUUA